AUGUCUACAAAACUACCUCGCGGAUUGGUGGUUGCUGCUGGAACCUACGAUGGUGUCUUGGCUGGAUGGGAGUUUCCACAGAAGGAUCAUGAUGAUAAAGAAGAUACAUCAUCCAAAAUGGAAUUGACUUUUGCCACGGGUGUCCACGAAGGGAGCAUACGAUCCUUGACAAUUGCUGCUAGUCCACAACCUGAUAUUCCUGGGUCACUAUUGUCCUGUGGUUACGAUGAGGCCCUUCGAACGCACGAUUGGAAGAAGCGCCUCACAUCCUCAGGAGAAAUCCGAACGCCUUCUGAUUUUGGUACCCCCAUUUGCAGUUCCUUUGCACCACCCACCCAACACUCGACGCAUUGCAUAAUUGGAUUCACAACUGGAAAGAUUUGCAUUUACAAAAAGAGGGAUUGGGCAGUCCAACACGUACUGGCGGGACAUGAGGGAGGAGUUGCUAGCAUUGCAGUGCACCCCUCAGGAAAGUUGGCACUGAGUGGAGGCAAUACCGACGGAAAGCUCAAGCUUUGGGACCUUACCAAGGGACGUCUAUCAUUUGUUGAUAAAAUCAAACCCGCAUCCGCAGUUCGAGGUAGAACAAAGUAUGAUCCAAUUGUCAGUAUGACAUGGUCGAAAGAUGGCCAGUUUUAUGGACUGUGUCACGGCCCGCACAUUACUGUCCGAGAAGUAGCCACAGGGAAGGAGCUAUUGGAUGUCGAUCUUCCCAGUAAAAUCAAUGAAAUUGGAUUGAUGAGUGGACCUGAAGGACUAUUUGUAGUUGCUGCCUGUAAUGAUGGAUCCUUGCCCGUCUUGGCAGUGGAAGAUAGUGAUGAUGAAAGCCGUCGUGCCAUCAUGGCCAUUGAACCAGUCGACGCCUUGUUGGCCAGAGAAGAGCGAUUCAAGAGUAUCAAAGUGGUCAAAAAUUACUUUAUCGUGACAGCCAACAGUGCUGGAGUUGUAAGUGUCAUGAAUUUGGCAGGUGCGAUUAAAAUGAUAAUGUCGGAUCCCCCAGAAGACGACGACGACGACGACUCGGCUGCUAGCAACAGUGAGAGCGACGACGAUGACGAGAAUGAAGCUGAUGAUAUGGAUUUGGCAGUAGACAUUGUGCAUAGUACACAGCUUGGAAGUGGAGCACGGAUAACAUGUCUUGCGGCGUGGUGCGACGAGACUCCCGACGAAGAAAUUGAUACCAUCUCUGAUGAUAAUGAUGAUGAAGAAGAGGAGAAUGUGGUAGUGGUGGAAGAGGAACCCCCAAAGGCUAGAGUCUAUGAAAGGGUUCAAGAUACGCUAAAGCGAAAACACAUGGGACAGGAUGUGACAAUGGAUGCAGCGGCAGUGAAGAAGGCUCGAUCACUGGUCGCCCAAGCAAAAUCCAUGAAGACUAAGAAAGACAACAAGAAGAAGAAGAAGAAGAAAACCACAAGCAAGGACUAG